CCCUAAUUUGGCACACCUGAUGAUACUAAUUAGCAGCUCAACGAGGUCUCUGUUGAAUGAGGUGUGCUUUGUCAGGAUUGGAGUGAAAACUUACAGUGGAUAGGAGUAGAUCUCCAGAAACACGGUUGGGCAUCCCUGUUCUAGAUGGGGAAAGGUGAACGUGCCGCGUGUGCCGUAUCCGGAUUACAAACAUUUAUAUCUAGUGUUGCGGUUGCAACGUGAAGAGUCUAGGGCAGGCAUUGGGAUGCCUGGACACAAUGUCUGAGUGUCUGCACAUGUGUACGCGCAUUGAGUCUUCUGGACCAUCCUGGUUUAAAAUAAUGGACAUGUUUGUAAACUGAUACGAGGGGUACUUAAUUCAGCGGUUUAAAACGUCUUCGGAUUUGGUUACAACAGUGAUUAAAAACGGUAAACUAACGCUAAAUGCGCGUAGAGAAACUCGUUGAAUUUCAUUGGCCUGCAGCAAGGGCGGGGGGCGGAGACCGCGGUGGAAUAUAUCCAGGAGUGCGCAAGCUGAUGGUGUGUGCGUGUUGAGGAAGGCGGUGAUGCUUGAAUUGUGUUGAGCAGUGAAAAGAAUUUACGCUUCGACUGAGGGUGGACAGCUAGAACCCGUCGAGACUGGAUCCGGGAUGCUUCUGACCGAGGAGGUGGACCUGCUGGAGCAGCUCUUCUGGCAGGUGGGGAACAGCAGUAACUCCUCCAUCACCCUGGAGGGACAGAAGUGCCCUGUGCUGCAGGUGGGGCAGUACUCCACCCUCUCCCUGCCCCUGCGCCAGGUCUUUGGAGCCAGAUUUGCGGACGAGUUCAGCCUCCUGCUGCAGCUGCGCAGCACGCAGGAGGAAGAGCGCAGCCUGCUGACCCUCCUGAGCCCCCACAGCCACAUCCUGCUGCAGAUCCGCCUCAACCCCUACACCUUCACCCUGGUCACCACCCAGCAGCGCCACUACGAGUUCCCGGUUGGCGCGCUGUCGGACGGGCGGUGGCACCAGGUGUCGGUGGGCGUGUCCGCGCGGAGCUUGGACCUGCACGUGGACUGCGUGCUGACGGAGAGCGUGAACUGGACGUCCCCUGGAAUGGACAUCGCCACCGACGGCCUGCUGAUGGUGGGCGGCAUCGUCGAGGACUUCGAGACGCCCUUCGAGGGCGGCCUGAGGCAGCUGACGUUCCUGAUGGGCGACCCGGAGGCUGCCCGCGACCACUGCACCCGCCACGUGCCCGCGUGCGGCGGGGUCCCCCCGAAACCCCCUCGCUCACCAAAACCGCCCCGCACCCUGGAGGACCUGAUCCUCUCCUCGAAUGACCUGGAGGACCUGCUGGAGAGUUCCGAGACCUCUCUCGGCAUGCAGGACCCGCUAACCGGGGGCAGUGCCCGUGGUGACGGGUCUACCCCGCUGGGCCCCAUGAGGCCGGGCACGCUGGAGCGGGGCGACGUGUUCCUGCUGGAGGAGGACACGGACCUGGCCGAGCCGAACCUCCCGGCCCCCGGCCGCAAGAAACGCCCGCGUCCCAAGCCCAGCUCCGCCUCCAAGCUCCGGGAGGAGAACAUCACCGCCGACAAGACCAAGCCCGGCGGCGGGGCCCGGCGGCCCUUUCCCGGCAAACCCUCCGAUGACAUCAUCGACCUAGACUCCGCCUCCAACCCCUCCCGGGGCCUGAAGAAAACCCCUGUGGGCGGGAAGACCCCACCCGAGCCUUCCUCGCCCACCAGCGCCUUGCCCCGCCCCCAGCAUCCUGACUCCAACCGGCUGAGGGAGGACGAGGUUCCUCCCUCGACCUCGCCCCCCUCCCCCGUCGACGCCGCCCGGUCCGGGUCGGAAACGGAGACCGUCACGGUGGGGCAGGACCUGGCCACGCCCACGCAGCUCAGCAGCAGGCCGCCGGCGGCGGGCACGCCCUCGGGCACAGCCAAGGCCCCCCCCAGAGACGGUGACAUCGUCCGAGGCUCCGACAACAAGAUGUACAGGGUCCUAAAAGGCCCCCCAGGGCCAACGGGGCCCUUCGGGAAGCCAGGCUGUCCCGGGCCGAGAGGCUAUGCUGGAUAUAAAGGUGACAAGGGUUCCAGGGGGCCGGUGGGUCGGGACGGGCCCAGGGGCAGGCCGGGACCCCUUGGCCCACAAGGGCUGCCAACGUUCUACCUGUGGAGGAACACCCUGGAGGACUGGGCUGCCUUUAGGCGAACCUCCAUCUUCCAGCUGCUGCAAGCGGGCUGGCCUAGAGAACAGGGACCUCCUGGACCAGUGGGAGCCCCAGGAAAGCCAGGCCUGCCUGGGCUGCAGGGGGAACCUGGAGACAGAGGGCCGCCCGGGCGUGUGGGGGACAUGGGUGACCCAGGGCCAAAGGGUGUGGCAGGCAGGAAGGGAAGAAACGGGCAAGAUGGGGAACCUGGACAAGAUGGGCAGCCAGGUCUCCAGGGGCACCCAGGGCCAAAGGGACCUCAAGGAUUCAAAGGAGAGUCGGCCCACCGAGGCGAAAAAGGGGAUGAGGGCCUCGUUGGCGAAGAGGGCCCUUACGGAGAGCAGGGUGAACUGGGAGAGAGGGGUUCUAAAGGGGAGCCAGGUCACCCAGGACCGACUGGCCCACCUGGGCCGAAGGGCAUCAAAGGAGUGGAGGGACUUCAGGGCCCGCCGGGGCCAGAGGGGGAGCCUGGGCCUGAUGGUGACCCAGGACUUCCUGGGCUGAUGGGAGCUCCAGGCCUGACGGGCGCGGUUGGGGCACAGGGGGUGAAUGGAUCUCAGGGUGAUCUCGGACCUGCCGGAACCACUGGCCAUAGGGGCCCUCAGGGUCCACAUGGCCUGGAUGGAAUACGAGGGCCGCCAGGGCCCCGGGGUCCCCAGGGGAAGCUCGGGAAGGAGGGUCUCCCUGGUCCAAAAGGAGACCCAGGCCGGCCAGGGCCUGUAGGCCCCAGGGGAGAGCACGGGUUCGAGGGGCCGAUGGGUGCACCGGGAGCACCGGGCCCUCCAGGGAUUCUGGGAAACGCAGGAAACAGAGGGCCGGACGGGGAGAGGGGGGACUUCGGGCCGAAAGGGGACAGGGGUCUUCAGGGCGCUCCAGGAAUCAGGGGUCCCCAAGGAGAAGAGGGGUCUUCGGGUUUCCCAGGAUUCCUCGGGUCCAAGGGCCAAUCAGGUCCCAAAGGGAUCCAGGGCGAAGAUGGGGAAGAGGGGUCUCGGGGAAAAGCUGGCGUGAUGGGAUUGAAGGGGAACAGAGGGCCGGAUGGCCGCCAGGGCAAGGCAGGAAUCAGGGGGCCUAAGGGUCGUACAGGACAACGCGGGCCUACUGGUAUUCCUGGGAUGUCGGCAGAGAAAUGUACGAUGUGCAGUGAGAGGGAAGAGACUGAGUGGAACGACAAGGUCCACCAGGACAGCCGGGACCGCCUGGUGCCCCUGGACCAAACGGAGACAGAGGUUUCAGUGGGAAGGCAGGUGUGGAGGGGCCCCAGGGACCUGUAG